AUGGGCAGGAUCAUUUUUUAUGAGGACAAGAACUACCAGGGUCGCAGGUAUGAGUGUGACAGCGACUGCACUGACUUCCAUUCCUACCUGAGUCGCUGUAACUCGGCCCGAGUGGAGAAUGGGACCUGGGUGAUCUAUGAGAGGCCAAACUACCAGGGCUACCAGUACAUCCUGAGGAGAGGCGAGUACCCCGACUACCAGACCUGGCAAGGCCUCAACGACAGAGUCUGCUCCUGCAAGAUGAUUCACUUUGCCAGUGGAGAUCCUUACAAGAUCCAGCUCUAUGUUAAGGGGGAUUUUGCCGGUCGGGUGUUUGAGGCGACUGAGGACUGUCCCUCUGUGCUGGAGAACUUCCACUGGAGGGAGAUUCACUCCUGCAGGGUGCUGGGAGGCUGGUGGGUCUUCUAUGAGCACCCGAACUACAAGGGACGCCAGUACCUGCUGGAGAAAGGCGAGUACCGCAAGCCUGUGGACUGGGGUGCUGUCUGUCCCACUGUACAGUCGUUCAGAAAGCUUACUGAGUAG